AUGCAACUUAGUCACAUUGUGCUCGUGGCUUCCUUGCUCUGUGGGUAUUCAGUGGCUGUCGGAGAGGUCAACCACCCUGAAUACAAACCUUUCGACAAAUCGAAGUUGAAAUCAUCGUCCUUCUUUGAGCAAUUUGAUUAUUCUAAGCUUGAAAAGUCUGGAUGGAAAAUAUCCCAUGCUAAGAAAGACGAUGAAUUUUCAUACGUUGGUAAAUGGAAGAUUGAAUCUCCAACCGCUUACCCUGGAUACGAUGAUGAUAAAGGUUUGGUGAUGAAAUCAAAAGCUUCACACCAUGCUAUCUCUUACAAGUUGCCCGAACCUUUUAAUAACACAAAUAAAGAUUUGGUACUUCAGUAUGAAGUCAAAUUACAGGAUGGUUUGAGUUGUGGUGGUACUUAUAUAAAGUUGUUGGACUAUGGCUUUGAUGAGAAGCCUUUUAGCAGCGAAACACCAUAUCAAGUGAUGUUUGGUCCUGACAAAUGUGGAUCUUUCAAUAAAAUACAUUUGAUUCUCAGAACUGAAGAUGACGCUGACUCUCCUUUAGAGCAUCACUUAACCACAUCGCCAAUGUCUAACACAGGAAGGCUUUCAACAUUGUAUACGUUGAUUCUCAAAAAAGAUCAGACUUUUGAAAUUAGGAUAAAUGGUGAAGUUGCUAAGGCUGGAAGCUUAUUAAGCUACCGCUUGUUUGAUCCUCCUUUACAGCCACCAAAAGAGAUUCCUGACCCAUUGGAUAUUAAGCCUGAGGAUUGGGACCAACCACGUUAUAUUCCUGAUCCCAGUGUAGAGAAACCAAAGAACUACUUGGAAAAACAUGUGUUAAAGAAAAUACCAGACCCCAAUGCGGAGAAGCCUUCUGAAUGGGAUGAAUCAGAGCCAGAAUAUGUGGAAGAUCCUCUGGCGGUGAGGCCUGAAGAGUGGGAUGAUGAGGAGGAUGGUGAAUGGAUACCUCCCAAAAUAAUCAAUCCCAAGUGUAGCACUACAGGAUGUGGGGAGUGGAAAGCGCCCCUUGUACCAAACCCUAAAUACGAAGGGCUUUGGCAACCACCCUUAAUUGCAAAUCCAGAAUAUAAGGGGGAGUGGACACCAAUAAUGAUUCCCAAUCCAGAUUAUGAAAUUAAGGAACCAACUAAUUUCAAUUUGAUUGGUGGUUUAGGAUUUGAAUUGUGGAUAAUGAAUAGCGAUGUCUUAUUUGACAACAUUUAUUUGGGUCAUUCGAUCAAAGAAGCGGAAUGCAUUGGGAAUAAGACUUUCAUACCAAAGUAUGAUAUUGAAGAACUGGAUUAUGAUCAGAAUAAGCCAAAAGCUGAGCAUGAGCCGAAACCUCCGCCUAAGGAAUUCGAUGAUAUCUUCAAUGAGGAUGUAUCACACUUUUUUGGUGAUUUGUUGGAUUCAAUCAUAAGUGUACUAUACAAUAAGGCAGCACACAUCAUCAAAUUCUAUCUUGAAUUUGUCAGUAAUCCAAUUGGAAUGAUAGCUACCCAACCAAUAAAGGUGGCUUUAUAUUGCGCUAUGUUCGUGUUCGGAUUUACUUUUGUAUUUGGCGUUUGGAGUGCCAUUCUUUAUGGUUUAUCUUCCUUAUUCCAUAAAGAGAGGGAAGAAAUAGAAGUCAAAAACCCUAGGAUAGGUGUCGACGAGGACUUAAGUGAAGAGGAAAUUGAAACACUUACGGAUGAUAUCAAAACCUCAUCUUUCACGCAGGCCAGUAGUCAAGCUACUUCAAGAAAAACAUGA